UGUAGUUUAACUUAAAACUAUAUAAUAUAUAUAUUCGAACAUAUUAGUAGUAACUUAAAAAUAAUCAAAAGAUCCUUAAACAAAAAUCUAUAGAAAAAACUGAACGUAAAUCCUUUAUUUAAAACGUUAAAAACCUUUAGUUUCGAAAAGGGGAUGUUUUUCUUUGAAAUCUUAUUGAAAUUAUUAUGUUGUGUGAUAUUUUUGGAGUGAGAAACGUUUAGUUCUGAAGAAAGAUUAAAAAAAAAUGUGCCACGCAUCCGAAGCCUUCUAAGUGCCCGCAGUGGUCUUAUAUAUAUAUAGUUCAGGCUUAAGGCAUCCCACAAAAUACAACAACAACAACAAAAAAACACAGUGAGAAAAAUAUACACAACCAAGACUUAAGAGCAGGAGCUGUUGGAUUUAAGGUGAAAACCCACUAGGGUGAAUAUUCAUGGAAAAGGUUUCAAUGAAGCGGAAGCAACGACGAUACAGAACAACAUUUAAUUCACUGCAACUGCAAGAACUGGAGCGUGCUUUCCAACGAACCCACUACCCGGAUGUAUUUUUUCGCGAAGAACUCGCCGUUCGAAUCGAUCUGACCGAAGCCCGAGUUCAAGUUUGGUUUCAAAAUCGUCGUGCCAAGUGGCGAAAACAAGAGAAAGGCUCAUUGAAGGAUAGCGGAGAUCCUGAAAUGAAUAACACACCAUACGAUGAUAAUGUUAUGACACAAUUAGAUGGUACUUUAGGUAAUACCCUUCUACCAGACACUCCACCUCAAUCAUCGAACUCUCUCGACAACGAAUCAAAGGUGAACUUCGGAUCGAUGUCUCCCUCAAGGAUGUCACCGAAUAUCUUCCUCAAUCUCAACAUCGACCACAUGGGCCUUGAGAGAGGCGGUGGUCUUUCCAUGGAAUGGUCGACUUACCCCCCAGCACCUGCGUUAAAUGCAAUGCCUCCAAUAAGCCGAUCUACACCCCCUCAUCAUGAUAUCUCCACAAAUAGCGUUUCGACAAUCAGCCAUUCACUGGAUCUCGAUACGCCCACGUCCACCUACGAUGAGAUGAAAUACCUCAACGUGGACCAAUUCACAAUAGAUAAUUUUAAGGCAGAAUGCAUUCUUAAUCUUGACCAAGCCAUCAUGGAUGACAAGCAGGUACACAUGCAUUUGCAUCAUCAUCCAUCCAAUCAUCAUCAGCACUCCCACCUAAGUCAGCAUCAGUCGCAGCAACAGUCCCAUGACUCGUUAAGUCUUGAUAUGCAAUCGUUUGGGAUGUCUCCGAUUGACAAAUCAUCCCCAAUGAUGAUCAUGGACAAGCGUAUGCUCAACAUUAAUGUCGACGGAAUGUCAGAUCUAGUAGAUGAUAAGUUUUGAAGAAGACGAAGAACGGACCGGGCACGAAUGCAAUCUAUAACACAAAUAUUGUUAACUGGUAUUUUUAACGCACUAGCAUCUAUAAAUUAGUUUAAGGAAAACUUAGUUAAAUCGUAGCGAAAUAUAGAAAGCAAAUGAAAAACAGGAUAAAAGUGAAUUAAAGGAGCAGUUUUGCUAAGACAACCACCAGCAGGCAACAAGAGGCUUAAAGGUUGUGAAUAGAAAGCCAUGUUAUGUACUCUUAUAAAUUCGUUCUUAGCCUUCGAACUUCACUUUGAAUAAAAAUAAAAAAAUUAAAUUAUAGCACUAGUUAUUUUAAUAGUAGAAAAAUACAUUUAAAAAACAAUAUUGUAAUAUAUUGUAAUUUAAACAAUCAUAAACGUUAUAAUGCAGGAUAUACAAUACAUAUUAUUAUAUAAAUAGAUACAAUUUGUAAUAAAGAAAACAGAACACAACUUUAGAAAAUUGGUCAAAUUUUACAAUUUUAUUCUUAUUUUUUUAAUGUUUACUGAAUUACCUUACAGUUUAUAGGGUCAAUGGAUGUUCUUCUUGAAGAAGAUUUCAAAGCGAGAAUCGGAUUAUCCCAGAAUAAUUUUGUAAGUGGAAUCGCAUCAGAUAUUAUAAAUCCAACUCGCAGAUCAAAGGAUCAAUUUUGUGAUGUGAAGGGUGCGAAGAUACUGGAAGUUGCUGAUUCUUUGGAUACAAGAGUUUUGAAUGGAAGCUGCCAAGGAAACCCAAAUGGGAAGUAUACGUUUAUUCGUGGAACUGCGUGCUGAGUUAUAGACUAUUGUUUUGUGUCAGGAAAGUGGAAUGCAAUUAUGAAGGGUUUUAGGAUAUCUACACAAAUUUUUUAGUCUCGAGUGCAGAUUAUGUACACACAAAGCAACUUGGAUUACUAAGAAAAUUAAAUUGGAAAGAUACAUUUAAAACUAUUUACCAAAAUAGUCUAAACAUGGAGCUGGAGAAAAGAAGAGUAGAGAGGAUCCCAACGCUAAUUGAGAACCUUACUCAAAUUAUAAUUGGAGUAGCCAGAAAGUACCAAAGGAAAACGAAAGGAUACUGGUAAACAAGUAUGGUUCGAUCUCGAGUGCCGGAAAGCCAGGCAAAAAUCCUUAUUAUUAUUGCGGCUUAUAAGGAAGCACAAUACAGAUCUCUUUAAAAGUAUGUACGCAGCAGUUAAUAAAGCUUUAAGAAACUCUGUCUAUUUAAGAGGAAACAAAUGUUGCUAUCUGGAAUUCAUCAAAAUCUUCUGCAGAUUUUUGGAAAGCCGCUAAAAUUAUCACUGGAUGAACAAACACAAUUUCAGCAACAUUGCAUGGGUUUGAGCUCCGUGAACAAUUCAAGAGUUUACUUCAAAUCAAAUGGGGUGGCGCAACAGUCCGUUGUGAACCAGGGCCUAGUGACUUACAACUCUCAACUAUUCCUGUGUGCGAGUACUGUUGUCAGGAAUGGAAGGGACCUACAAUUUUAGGCCGAAUCCGAACGGCUAAUUUGAGAAAGCACUUUUUCAUGACAAGAAUUACUCUUGAAGGAUUUGUCAAUUCCUCGCAAGAGGCAGUACCCGCGAAAAUUAUUUAUUUUAAAUUAGGGUGGCACAGGCAGGGAUUGAACCCAAGACCCCUUACAUGACAGUCCAACGCACUAACCAUCAUGCCACGGGUACUACAAGACAAGAGUUUACUUAACACUCCUAUUUUCUCUUCGCUUACUCACUAUGCAGCCCCUUUUUUAGCGAUAAUUUCUUUGAUGCGCCUUUUACAACUAAUGAAGUACGGAACGUAAUAGAUAAAUCUAUGGCGGGAAAAGCUUCAGGUGACGACCGAGUACGAGCAGAAUUUUAUAAAAAUUGUUCUUUUGAAUCCGUAGCCGACUUAACAAAAGAAUAUAAUAUAAUAUUUGAGACAGCAACUGUUCCUGCAAGCUUUAAAAGGUCAAUUAUAUAUCCGCUGCACGAAAAAGGAUCAUACGAUAAUCCCGAAAAUUACAGAGGCAUCUCUUUUUGAAAAAAAACUGUAUGCUUUUUUCGUCGAUUUUCGUUCAGCUUUUGAUACAGCACUCUUUUAUAAGCUACAUAUAUAAAUUAGGAAUAUCUUCCAAAAUUUUAGUUCUAUUAAAAGCAAUGAACGAAAACAAUGUGGCGUAUGUAUGGGAUGGCGAAUUUGUUUCCGAGGAGUUCACAACACAAAUGGGAGUAAAACAAGGACGUGUCUUAUGCACUCUACACUUCAUCCUGUUUAUAAAUGAUAUCGUAGAAGCGACCGGUGGAGGAAUCCAGUUUGGAAACAUGCGAAUACCUGUUUUAAUGUUUGCUGAUGACAUAGUUUUUUUUUGCUGAAUCUGGCGAACGAUGAAUCGUCUUGAAAGCUACUGUAAUCUUUGGAAUCUUUCCGUCAAUAUGGAGAAAUCUAAAAUGAUGACCUUCAGGGAAGGAUGUGGUAGGCACGCAAACAACGAAAAAUAGAGAUAAUAAAAAAUAAAUUAGGUGGCGCAACAGUCUAUGAAGAACCAGGGCCUAGUGACUUACAACUCUCAACCAUUUCUGUACCCGAGUAAUGUUGUCAGAGAUGGAUGGG